AUGGAGUCAACUACUGUAUGUUACUGGAAGCGACUAUGGCGUUGGAUUACCUCAGAAAGUUUGACCAAGGAUGAAUUAGCUUCAAUAUUAGAAAAGAAAGAGGUUAUAGAUGGGCUGAGCCAAGGGCUAGCUAGCUAUAAGCCACAUAAACCUGCAAGUUUUUCUCAACUUCAAUCUAAACAUACUGAUCAAACCAAACUGUUAGCUGUUGUGCAGACAAUACAAAACUAUAUCAAUGUGGAUUGCUUUCAAAUAUGGGAGGUCAUAAAAAACUAUUUAUGCGAUAUAUCUUAUGGUACUCCAGCAAAUGCCCUGAAGAAUGUAGCCUUUGUGGAUACUAGGCCUGUGUUCUUGCUGCCAAAUGUAUGGACCUUUUAUUAUUCGGAGAGAUUGUUUUUACUAAAACUACUACAAUAUAUAAUUCACUUCAAGAAUGAUCCUAAAAAUAUACAUCAAGAGCAAUUCAAGAAAAUAAUAGAUGAAAUAGGAAUCUCAAACCUGAAAACCUCACUAUUAUCACAGUUCGAAAAAUUAUUAAAUACUCCUCCUCCUUCAAGAAAGAUCCAGAAUGAUUUCUCUAAUGAAACCAUUCGGAAAGAUUGGGCAGAUUAUAAUUUGAGAGAACAACUAGCCAUUCUACAAAUUCUCCUACUUAUAGCUGAUGAGGCGAUGUUUACUGAUGUUGAGUUCAAAAAGCUAUUUUCAUUAUUUAGAAAACAUGGAUUUGGCAAAAAUCAGGGUUACAGUGAGCUUCUGGAGGAAAGACAUAGAGAUGGAUGCAUGAGAAUUAUGUACAUGGAAGUCUGUAUUUUCAUGGUUAUUGCAGAUAGUUGUAAAAUUAACAACCUGUCAUCAUGGAUUGACAAUACAAAGGAUGUUGUAGAGACUGAACUCACAAAACUUCACAUGAGCUCUGAGCACAGUGUUUUGCUCAUUACAUGGAUGAUGCUGACUAUACAGAGUGAACAACAUGUAAAAUUAUUUGAAAGUCAAUAUCAACAUUAUGGUGCUACCGCAUUAAGAAUGCAAAUCUUUGAAUUUCUGCAACAAAUGCUGGACAGUUCAGUUUUUUCUGACAAAUCUAAAUGUUCUUUAAUUGCCCGAGAUCGAAUAUUUCGUCUACUAAACCAGCUUUGCGAUAAGUUUGAUGGUGACGCAACUAUAAGUCAUCAACCAGGUAUCAUGCAGCUUUGUGCCGACUUGCUUGCUUCACCUGAGAUAAGCGCUCAGUUCUGGAAAUUCCACCAGAGAGAUGAGAAUAUUGGUAUAGUGUCAUUAUGGAACACAGGCAUGGAAUACUUUCCUUUUAAUUUUAGUGCGCUAUCUAUUUUGGCGGCUGGUUUAGCUGAGAGUGGAAAAUCCAGUGUUCGGAAUCUUAUAGCCGAACUUAAAAGCUUGCCAGUAUACACGGAAAUAUACAACCCAAAUGCUGUGCCAAUAAUGUCACUGCAGGCAGAUGAUGCCAUUAUUGGCAGAGAGUAUUAUCCUCUCGGAGACCCCUCCUAUCGCAUUGAAGUAGGUUCCAAAGCGACCAUCAUGGAACGUAAAGAAGGCACCAUGAUACACUUCCGAACUCCGUAUUGUUACUGGACAGUAUUUAAUACCGAAAUCGAGAAAGCUUUGGAUAGAAAUCAACAUCAUCAACACGAUAUCAACGUUACUCUAGAACGGAUUUAUGAAGGUACAAAGGUGUUAAAAGGCAUUUUAAGGGCCUUGGUGCAUAACGGAGAAGUACCUAAGAGUUUGGUGGGGCCCAGUGAAGGAGUUUUUGAUGUAUUAGUAAGAUUUAUGAGAACUGAUACACCCCCAUUACCAUUGCUUGUGGAAUGUAUUAGUGUAUGUACUGCUCUGGUUCCCAUGUUUCCUAAAGAAAUUCAUUUAAGACUGACAAACACUGGACUACUGCCUCGAAUAUUAAAUCAUAAGUUGUCUCACAUAGAGUACGCAAACGGUACGUCAUUCGAUUCAGCUGCCGUUGGCUCGUAUCUAGUCACUAUUGAACAACCGAACGGCACCUACAAGUUUUUGGAAGCUUAUAUGGAUAUGCUCUGCGCCUUCCAUGAGGUUUUAGACGACGAUCGUAUCACAUCGGAUAUUAUUCUACCUGGUUUAGUACUCAUUCUCCGGGAAGUGUUCCCGAAUGUGUACGGAUGGCGUUACAGCAACACUCGCGAGCGGCGCAACAUUAUACAGCGUUGCGCGAAGUUCUUGACGUUGGUAUUGCAAGACGUGAAGCGAACCAGUCCCACGAACAAAUUACUGAAGAAAACAUGCUUGUACAGUUUAUUGCAUACUGAGAAUGCCCUGGAAUUGUUAAAAAUUAUCUCUAUUGGUAACGAACAACUCGAAAGCAUUAUCCGUAAUGAAGCCAACUGGAUAUCGGGAACAGGCUCUCAAUACAUAUCGACUAUACAACGAUGUGUGGCCAUUGUCAUUUUUGCCUUACGCCUCAAAACUAUGGUGGCCGACGGGAGCGACGUUACACCGCUGGAACACCUGAUAUUCGCACAAAAUAAACAGAAAGACUCAUUGAAAGUGGUUCCCAAAGUCACCAGUUACAUCAAUCAUGCAUUUAAUAAAAGUCUGCCGGUGUUAUGCUGUCGAUUGUUAAAGAGGUUUGCUGAUGGUUUUCAGAUGUCAUUAUUUGCGUCAUUAGACAUGACCGCUUACCAAGUACGCGUCAUGUUCCUUGACCGCUUACGAGACGAGUUUGAGACGACUGAACUGAAAGUUGCCAUACUGGAGUUUGUAGCCACUUGCGUUGGUACACAGCCAGGUCUUACGGAAGCUUUCUUUAUGAUAAAUCACGAAAAGGCAAAAUCCGAUGCACAGAAUGAAGCAAAGACGGAUAAGGUGGAGAAGAAGAAAGAAACAGAUGAUAGUUUUGAAGGCAUUUUAGGAUACAUGGCUGAUUAUCUUGGGACUGUUAAAUCAGAUGUGAAGUUACUUCAUAGUCCCUUAUUGUCAUGUAUCAUGGCCUUAUUCCACGCUCUGUGGAAAAACAAUAUGCAAAUUCUUGUGAAGAAACUACGCGAACAUCCUAAAUUUUGGGAACACAUGACUAGCCCUUUGUUCAGUGAGAUCCAACCCGAGCUAAGAACAUACGCGCAAAUAUUCAACGUCCUUGGCAUCGAAUUGUUUGUGUCGAGAGACAAAUUAGAGCCAAAUUUGAAAGAAAUGCUGGAACAAUUCUUUGAUACUAACAAGAAACAUUUAGAUACCUGGAUAAACUACAUAUUUUCGUUCAAAGGUAGAAGCGAGAGUGAAGAAAUGGUCGAAAAAGUGCCUGUAUGGUUGGGUCUUUUAACAUCAUGGAAAGAUUUCAUCACAAUAUUUUGCAAAUGCCUGCCCAUUAGUUUGAAUAUUGCCCACAAAGCUAAAAUGGUAGCACCAUGCAUGAACGCGUUACUUACAGAACUGGAUGAAUUAAAAGAUGGCAGAUUAGUGGUCAUACUGUCCGAGUUAUACGUCAUAAUGCUCGCGAAUUGGAAAGAGGACUGCUUUGAUAACAGGAAAAUGAGUGCUAAGCAAAUAGAUAACUUACUUACGAAUACAGCUAUAGUGUACGAGUGUUUACACCCUCGUGCGGUCCGUGCAAUACUCUCAAUAUGCACAGUCGCUAUAAGCAGCUUAGAUUAUGAAAUAAAAGCUAACAGUUCGACUGCACAGAGUAUCAUAAGAUCUGUGACGAACAUCAAUAGCUUGGAACUUGAGAAACUUUUAGACGACAUCAAAGAUGAACCGAGACAGGAGGCCAAUGUUAAUGGGCAUGCACUUAACGAAAACAUUCCACCUGUAGUAUUAUCUCUAGCUAUGUUAGAACAAUGUUUAGAUUUAUACGAUGAAAUGUUCACGGGUUUAUCACAGUGGUUUCAAUCCAGCCGAUUCAUAAAUAAACUUUUAUGUUGUCUACAUACUUGUCUUCAAAACCGUCGGCAUUAUCAUACCUCGCUGGCAGCACUUAGAUGCCUAACAGCGUAUUCUCGAGGACCGUUUUCAAAAGACCUGCUGAUGAGCGACAUAGAUGAGUUUCUAUGGUUACAAUUGCUACCACCUAAGUUCGACGGUAACUGUGCUUGGAAGCCCCAGGAAUGGUGGCGUGUGUACGCGUACAGCUUAGACUUUAUAUCGAUGAUGGUUAUGAAACACGGCGAGUUCUUCGCCAGCGAUGCCAUUACUUUCGUUGGGGUACAUCUAGAUCAUUUGAUUGAAGCCGUAUUGCUGCCGAGACACGUGUUCAACAUAGAUGCGCUCAAUGUUUGUGCGUCGACGUUAAACUUGGUGGUUCAAUUGAUCAAGUUUGAGUCAAGAUGGCGUAUUCAGAAUAUUACUUCUUUGAUUGGUAUUAUGAAAAGCAUAAGCGCAUGCUUAUAUCAAUCCGUGACGCUAAUGAUGCGCUCGCGUCGUUCUGUCGACCACGCACUUCAGCCUCACGAGGAUACUGUCACUCAGGCGCCUAAUGUACUGCACAGGACUUUAGAAAUUCUACACAUGGCGACGCUCUGCUUGCUUUCGUUCAGCCCUGAACUCUUAUCAUUGCUGGCCGAUCCGGGACUGGACCUUGAGCGUUGGCAACCACUAGUGGAGUUACACUUCGGUGCGCCCAAGAUAUCGUACGAACCAUUCCCACAACUGACCUUCGGAACACUAGUCACGGCUAUAUGUUUACUAACAAGAUCACUCAAUCAUGCGUACCACUCGGAGGAGGGCAGUGGGUCGCGCUCCCCGCGGGCGCGGCGGCGCGCGUGCGCGUGCGCCAGCCCCGCCGCCAGCGCCGAGCGCCGCGCCAACCGCAGCGAGUCGCUCACCAGCAUCUCCUCCGCCGCCAGCCUGCCCGCGCUCGACGAGCGCCUCGUCGCCACCGCGCUCGACGCCACCGCCACGCUGCUGGCCUCGCAGGCUCUCUUAGCAGUACGCGAUCCGAAAGUGGCAGUCCGCCACAAACAACUGAUUCGUCGUGAAUUGAGUUCCGAGCUUACGAUGUUCCACGACUUCGUGCGUAAGCGUAUAUUAUGCGCUGCCCACGCACGACCGCACCUCGUGCGGAACAAGCUGGGCGCUUGGCCUCUCACCGCUGACGAGGAAGAGACAAAGCGUAUCGAGGAGGCUAGGAAGGAGAGAAACCCGUUGUGUGAUGAAAACGACGAUAGAUCGCUGCCGCCUCCUCCCCCUCCUAAACGACCAACACACGACUCGAUGCGGGAGUACAUACUAAGAAAACAAUACCUCGACAAGUGCGCUCAAACGCCUACGAAAGGUCCCCCCUCACCGGUCUCUCACUCUACGCCUACGUCUGACAAGAAAAAGGAAACACUGAGAAGUUCAAAACGUGUCUCAUGGGCGGAAACAACGAGAGACAGCGACGACAAUCUCGACAGUUCUCUACAGGAAAUCGAACCUGUUUACUCUAAUUUAACAGAUGUACAAAUCAAUAAUGACGAGGACUACUUUCACUUCAUUUUAAAAAGGUGGCUCGUGAAGAUGAUGCAUCACCCGAACAUGCAUCAUCAGCCAAUGUCUGGGCACCCGCCGCAACACAUGGGCGGGCAUCAGGGCAUGCCUACACACCAUCAGAUGCCUCCACAUCAAAUGCAUAGAGAGAACAGGCACGUAACACUGACUAGGGUGCCACUAGGACCGGGUGCAGCUGGAGGCGCUAUGAGUGCACACGGGCCGUCGCUGGGGAUGGGUGCCGCCAUGGGUGUGCCACCACCGCAGCGACCGCCUCACCCCAUCAGGGCUAUGCCACAUCAUCCGCAAGCACAGCACCACUCCGUGCCACCGCAACAAAUGAAGCCACUUCGUCGGCCUUAUGCGGUGGGCGGUGGGUACGGCCCAUCGGGCGGCGUCAUGCCUUCGCCAUACGCGCAACCGCCGCGCAUGCAACCCCCCGCGCCACAACACCCACCACAACACACUGUAGUGCCAAAGCCACCAAUCCCACAAGUCACAACAAGCAACGCGCCCAGUGCGGCGAGUGCACCAGAAAAGGCGGGUGGGGACACGAGCAGCGCGGGCGCGACAAGCGGGCCACCCGCGCCCGACGCUGACGCUGCGGUACAGGGCGACUCCGAGGCGUCUCGCCCUGCAACCGCUCAGGCCAACAGUAAAGAGAAGACUCCUAUGUGCCUGGUCAACGAGUUGGCUAGGUACAAUAAGAUUAAGCAUCAAUAUCGCCUCACAUCAGAGACGGGACCCGCGCACAAGAAAGUAUUCACAGUAACACUCCGAUUGGGUGAUACUGAAGAAUAUACUGCAGAGGGCUCGUCGAUAAAGCGCGCGCAGCACUGCGCGGCGAGCACGGCGCUGGCGGCCACGCACUUCCCGCCGCCCCCGCCCCGCGCACCCGCCCCGCACGCCGCCGCGCACCCGCACCACCGCCACGCCGGAGCGGUAAUGCCGACAGUAGAGUUAAACGCUCUAGCGAUGAAACUCUGUCAGCCAGCAAUAUAUACAUCGGUACCACCCGUCGCAGGCCCGACACGUUUAGUUCGCCGCGGGCCGGCCUUCCGCACGCACGCGCUGCUUGCGCCCGCGUACGCCGCGCCCGCGCUGCUGUACCGCGUGCGCGUGGCCGUGGGAGGGAACGCGUGGCUGGGCGAGGGCGCCACGCCGCAGGCCGCGCGUCACGACGCGGCGGCGCGCGCGCUGCACGACCUGCGCCCGCCGCCCGACCGCGCCGACACCGAGCCGCCGCACGUCGACGACCAAGGAGAUGGGAGCGCAGACCUACUGAGCUCUGAAGUGAAGUCGCCCGUGUCGUUGGUGCACGAGCUCGCGCUUAAACGUAAUCUUUCAGUUCAGUUUACUGUGAAAUCUGAACGAGGCCCGCCGCACAUGAGGGUGUUCAUAACGGUGUGUACGGUGGGCGACAUGGAGACGGAGGGCGAAGGCAACGGCAAGAAGGUGUCCAAGCGGCGCGCGGCCGAGCGCAUGUUAGACGAGAUGCGGCGCCGCUGGCCACCCGCCCUGCUGCGCGCUCGCCCUCCGCACGACAAGCGCCGCCCGCAACCCGCCAAAAAGAAACCGAGGAACCUCAUCAAGCCGGAGCCGACGGAGGGGGCGGCGAACGGCGGCGGGUCGCCGGGCGGCGCGGACAACCCCAUCUCGCGGCUGGCCGUGGCGCGCCACGCGGUGCGCGCGCGCUCGCCGCAGUACCGCGUGCUGGAGGAGCGAGGCGCCGCGCGCCGCCGCGAGUUCCUCGUGCAGUGCGACGCGCCGCCGCACUCCGCCACCGGCCUCGGGCCCAACAAGAAGACCGCCAAGCGUCGCGCCGCGCACAAUGUACUGUUAGCGAUGGAAAUGAGCGCCAAGACCACCGACGGCGUAACCGCCUUAAUCUCGACCGACGGUUCCGACGUCAGUGGCAAAGUCACCGGAGACAGCAAGAGCACAAACAAUAGCGAUAUUAAAAGAAAGGAGACUGAGGGUGGGGCGAGCGCUGCGGGCGGCGCCAGCGCCGACGUGCGCCAGCCCGUCCCCGGCGUGCUGCUCAUGGACUACCAUCAGCGCUCCGGACAGCCGCACCAACCUAACGGCGUGAGCGAGUCGAGCGCGACGGGCGGCGCGGGCGGCAACACGCCGGGCGCCACGGACCAGCUCAUGUACCUGUCGCAGCUGCUCGGCUUCACCGUACAGUUCUCUGACUUCCCCAAGCGCAACCACGGCGAGUACCUGUCGCUCGUGUCGCUGUCGACGGAGCCGCCGGUGAUGUGCCACGGCGGCGGGCCCAGCACGCAGCACUCGCACGAGCAGUGCUCGCGGGCCGCGCUGCGGGCGCUCGCGCUCAUGGGGCUCGACGCGCCCGCGCACAGCUUGCAGACCGUGGGCGUGAGUGGCGCCAAGCCGAGUGCGGUGAGCAACGGCAUCGCGGAGUGA